AUGUUAGGAAGACUCUUAUAUCACGGAAACUCAGGCAGGUCCAUUCAAAAGUUUAUUUUGAGUCCUGUCUGGAGAAGAUCUAUACAUGUGAAGACGCUUACUACUCCGAAUGACAAUGCCUUGAAGUUUGUUUCCACCGAUGGAGAGCUCCUUCAGGAGAAGGGCAAACAGAGUGUGGAAAUCAAAAACACAGAUGAGGAACUGUUAAAGCAUGCGCCAUUUCCAGCUAAGAUUUUUCAGCAAUGUCCUGGGGUUGAAUCCAUGAUGAUUGGGGAUGAUUUUGUCACGAUCAAUAAGGACGAGAUGAUGCACUGGAACCAGGUUACCCCUACAGUUAUUGACCUUUUGGUGCAGCAUUUGGCUAGUGGGAAACCAACAUUCUUACCAGAUUUCUACUCGGUACACCAAGACGGUGUGGGAUAUGACGUGAAUGUUCCUAAAUUUGAAUAUGACGAAGACGAACAAGAGAUUAGCGAAAUGAUUGAUGAGUUGAUCCAAACUAGAAUUAGACCAGCCAUUAUGGAUGAUGGUGGAGAUAUUCAGUACCGUGGCUGGGACCCAAAGACCGGAACAGUCUAUUUGAAGUUACAAGGUGCAUGCAAAUCGUGCUCUUCGAGUGAGGAUACUUUGAAACACGGGAUCGAGGCCAUGUUGAAACAUUAUAUCGAAGAAGUCGAAGAUGUUGUCCAAAUACUAGAUCCCGAGGAACAAAUUGCCCUAGCAGAAUUUGAAAAGCUAGAGAAGAAGCUCGAAGGCAGCAGAAAGUGA